GUUGACUGGGAUCACCGGCAAAGUUACCACGCAGCGACUGGUUGUCUUGCUCCUAAGUUUUUAUACUUUAUUUUAUUGCUUAAAGAUAUUGUUUACAUUAUGAAGCUCUACUUAAGUGAAGGCAACCCACACUGUCUAAAGGUGCUGGCAGCCGCUGAAGAAAGUGGGUUUAAGUGUGAGGUUCAUUAUGUCAACCACGAAGAGAAAACGGUCCCUUUUCUCAGCCGCCCAGCUGUGCCAGCCCUGCUUUUGCCCAGUGGACAGCACCUUUUCAGUGCCAAUGUCAUCUGUCGGUUCAUGUUUGAGUCAAGUGGUCAUGAAGAGAGUUGCGGACUGUGGCUGGAGUGGGAAGCUACAGAUCUUCAGCCUGCGUUGCAACAAGCUCUUCACAUGGCAGUGCUGCAAGGCAAAAGAUCUGAAGUCCCCAAAGCUCUUGAAAAGCCUCUGAACUACCUGGACCAAAGCUUGAAGAAAGGGAACACAGCCUUUCUACAUGGGAAUGCUGUGUCGGUUGCAGAUAUUGUCCUAUGGGCUGCGCUAUGUCCUCUAGUUUCGGAUUCUUCUUUGUCACUGGGUGAACACGAGUCAGUGAAGACUUGGUUUGAGCGUGUGGCUGCACUGCACAGUUGCUCUUCCUCUGCUCAGAAGGUGCUACAGGGAAAUGGCCUGCAGGGUCUGAAGGGCUACAUGCAGAGACAACCGGCCCCUCAGAGCAGCCAUGGCAGAUCCUCUGAGGCGUGCUGCAGCAGCCCUGCUGAGGGCGAGGAGUCUGAGCGAGUGAUUUCCGAGGAGGAAAUGGAGGCAGCAGCUGCGACCUGGACCCAAGGAUUAGACACUAGCUCUGCAGCAACUGUUCGGAAGCAUCCAGUUUUGCCACAGGAGGGCAAGCGAAACAUCUUGGUGACCAGUGCCUUGCCCUAUGUCAACAAUGUCCCCCACCUUGGGAAUAUCAUUGGCUGUGUCCUCAGUGCAGAUGUGUUUUCCAGGUACGGACGGAUACGCGGGUGGAAUCUUCUCUUUGUCUGUGGCACUGAUGAGUAUGGCACCGCCACAGAAAACAAAGCCAGAGAAGAAGGUCUGACCCCACAGCAGAUCUGUGACAAGUACCAUGCCGUCCAUGCUGACAUCUACAAGUGGUUCCAGAUCGACUUUGACUUCUUUGGCAGGACCACCACUGAGAAGCAGACCGAGAUAGCCCAGGACAUCUUCUGGAGGCUCCACGAGCGCCAGUUCCUGGUUGAGGACACAGUGGAGCAGCUCCGGUGCGAGAACUGUGAGCGUUUCCUGGCAGAUCGUUUCGUCGAGGGCAUCUGCCCCCAUUGCAGAUACCCAGAAGCCCGUGGUGACCAGUGUGACAAGUGUGGUCGCCUCAUAAAUGCAGUGGAGCUCCGGGAGCCACAGUGCAAAGUCUGCAAACAGACUCCAGUCAUCCGCUCCUCCAAACAUCUCUUCCUGGACCUGCCUAAGCUGGAGGAGCAGCUGGAACAGUGGCUGGAGAAGUCCACAGGCACUGGAGACUGGACAGCCAAUGCUAAACAGAUCACACGCUCUUGGCUCAGAGAUGGACUCAAACCUCGCUGCAUCACCAGGGACCUGAAGUGGGGAACCCCCGUCCCUCAUGAGGACUACAAAGAAAAGGUUUUCUACGUUUGGUUCGAUGCUCCCAUUGGUUAUCUCUCCAUCACUGCCAACUACACCAGUGAAUGGGAAAAGUGGUGGAAGAAUCCUCAACAGGUGGAGCUGUACAACUUCAUGGCCAAGGACAAUGUGCCGUUCCACAGUGUGGUGUUCCCCUGCUCCCUGCUGGGAGCCCAGGACAACUACACGCUGGUCAACCACCUCGUCGCCACCGAAUACCUCAAUUAUGAGGACACAAAGUUCUCCAAGAGUCGUGGUGUUGGGGUUUUCGGAGACAUGGCCAAGGACACCGGGAUUCCCUCUGAUGUGUGGCGGUUUUAUCUGCUGUACGUGCGACCUGAGGGACAGGACUCGGCCUUCUCUUGGGCAGACAUGGCUUUGAAGAACAACUCGGAGCUGCUCAACAACCUCGGCAACUUCAUCAACAGGGCCGGCAUGUUUGUUGCAAAGUUCUUUGAUGGCUGUGUGCCGGCGAUGGAGCUCCAGCAGGAAGAUAAGAAGCUUUUGGCUCUGGUGGGUUGGGAGCUGCAGCAGUACAUCCAGCUCAUGGACAAAGUCAAGAUCCGUGACGCCUUGAAACACAUACUGAACAUCUCUCGCCAUGGCAACCAGUACAUUCAAGUCAACGAACCCUGGAAGAAGAUCAAGGGGGGAGACGUUGACAAGCAGCGAGCAGGGACGGUCACAGGCGUGUCUGUGAAUGUCGCGUGCUUGCUGUCGGUGAUGCUGAUGCCGUACAUGCCGACAGUCAGCCAAACCAUCAGGGAUCAACUCAACGCCCCUCACUCCUGCGUCAACACAGUGCUGCAAGGCACCGGCAAAUUUGUAUGUGUCCUCGGUGCCGGACACCCCAUCGGCUCUGUCAGUCCGCUGUUCCAGAAGCUGGAGUCAGACCAGAUUGAAGCCUUGAAGAAGAGGUUUGGUGGACAGCAGCCUGACGACGAGCAGCCGGGACAAAAGAGCGCCGCCGGCAUGCAGCCUGCUGCCACGCCGGCACCCGCCGCCACCACCACCGCCUCCCCAGCUGCUACAAUGAACGGUGCCGACCCAGAGAAAGCUAAAGAGCUCACUCAGGCCGUCACGGAACAGGGAGAGAAGGUGCGAGCCCUGAAAGCACAGAAGGCAGACAAAGCCGUGGUCACAGCAGAAGUGGCCAAACUGUUGGACCUGAAGAAGCAGCUGGCUGUGGCCGAGGGGAAGAGCCCAGAACCCGCUCCCCAGAAAGGCAAGAAGAAGUGAGACGGGGAGAAAGGGGGAAGAAUCGAGGUUAGUCAGAGACUAGGGGGGAGUCAACAGGGAAGAGGUGUGCAUUUUUUUAUUUUUUUUGGAGAAUGGGAACAAGAUGUACACCGGGAGAUGAGGGUAUUAGCUUAAGGCAAAGCCGUGACAGGAUCUAAGACAAUGUGGUUUUGGCACCAAGGACUAAUGAAAUUCUGGAUGGGCCGGCGGGGAAAUGAAAACACACAGAGAGACUGAAUGAAUGCAUCUACAGAAUGAAGGGAUUUUUUCCUAAAUCCCUACACCAAAAGAAACUGAUUUUAUACUCUCCCUGUGAUCAAGUCAGAAUACCAUAUUACCUUCUGAAGGUGUGCUGCACACUCAAAGCCUUUUUUUACAUCCUCCAAAAUCAUGUUUUCGGCCUUUUGUUACACGAUGGACUCGUGAAAAUAAAUUUGCUCUCCCAAUCUAACUUGAAUUCUGUUCUCCCAUACACCAGUCAGAGCGCAAACAACCAGUGAAAACGCAGAUGUUUUUAUUACAAAUUUCUGAGUACAAUAACGGAUAAAUAAUGACAGAAGCCAUGCAUAUUUUCCAAGCAGUGCUAAUGAAAAGCAAGCAGAUAUAAUAAAAAAAAAACAGGCUGCUACAUGUCAGCGCGCUUAUUACAGAGUUAUAUAAAAAUAGUCAUUUGGGGUCCUGGAGGUGUUGCUAGAAAAGGUCAGCUGGAAAAGUAUAGCCGGGUCCUACUUGCCGAGUAGACAAACACUCAAUAAAAAAAUGUAAGAAAAGCUACAAAAUGAUUCCCCCCACCCACAAAAAAACCAAAAUCUCUUACUCGUAGGGGCACUUUCACAACAGUUCCUGAGCUCCUCUUCUCUCCACACAGGGGGGCAGGUAAUCUCUCUAGCCAGAUUUUAGCCCUUGACAUAGGAGUUACAAUUUAUUGCAGAAUGGCAGGAAGUUAUGAACACAACACCCGACUACAAAUAUCCACCUGCUCUACGUUCGGUUCAGAAGCCUUUUCUUGAUUCAUUAAAACUGCAAACGGUGGUGUGAACAAAGCUCUUUUCCCUCCAACUGUCUUUGCCGCAGUGCUGUUGCAGCCUCUCUCUUUGCCUUUCCUUGUCCUGACUUUCAUCACUUUUCUCUCUGAGCAUUUUCAGCCGCAUUUCUCUCUCUCAACCUGUAAAUAAAUGAUCUUUGGUUUUCAUACACCUCCUAAAGCAAACCUCACCGCCGCCGCCGCCGCCUUCUCUCGCCGCUGCUCAUUGCCAGUCUUCUCCGUCUCUCAUCCCGAUUCUUCAUUUCCUGGUAUUGACCAGCCUCUCUAUCAGCGCUCUACGUGUCCGCUGCACCUCCUCUCCCAAUCUUUCUAUCUCGGCUUUCAAGCGCUCAUUCUGCUCCGUCAGCUCCUGAACCUUUCUUUCGUUCUCCUGCUCUCGCUCUUUGCGACUCUUUUUGGCUGAGGAAAACGUCGACAGUGUGUGCUGAGCGGUGGAGGCGAAAGAGGACAAGGCACCGUUGGCCCGUUCGCUGGUGCUCCUCUUGCGUUUCCCCAGGCGGGAGGACGGGUAGACGGACGGCGA